AUGUGGUUCGCAGCUUUCGUACUCAGUCUUCUGAGCAUCGCAAUGGCAGCAGCAACACCCGCCAACCUCACAAAACUCAUCAAACUAUGCCGACAAACAGUUUUUGCAUCUGAAGAGCCAUCUUCAGCACCACAAUUACGACCAUUUCCUCUCCUCGCCUUACCGCCAGAGAUUCGUCUCCAAAUCUAUCGCUACGCACUCCCUCAAAAACAAACGAUUAUUUUGGCGAAACCAUCGGUGGCCUCAUGUCCAUUCCCACCAGCAUCAUCGCCGCUGUCUAUCUACCUCCCUGCUGUUUUUGAGAAACUGCAUUACGGAUGUCCCUGUCAAACACGGCUAACCCCGCCAUUUUUGCCACUGCUCCAGACUUGCAAGCUCGUCCGCAAUGAAGCACAAGAAUUGUUUUACGGAAGCAAUGCGUUUGUGUUGAACAUUGAUGUUUCGAGGACUUUGCUUAGGAUUCCGGAGCUACUUGCUUUGUUUGAGGGUGGUUUUGAAGGCAGUAUUUUAAGCAUGAUUAAAGACUUUAGAAUUAGGGUGGGAGGGAAUGUGAUGGUUGAUGUUUGUGGUCCGCGCAGCAGGUGGAAGAAAUAUGGUGGUAGGGUGUUGGUUGCAAGAGUGCCUAGUGACGAAAUCACUGGAUUGCUGAGAGGAGAGGAAAAUAUUGGAAAAUGUGUCGAAGGUGUGUUGGAUGAAUUUGGAAGCGACCGUGUAAGCGCCGAUCUCAUCAGAAGGGUACUUGACGAGGUAUUUUGGAAUUGGCAAGAGAGUGCCUGA